UUCAACCUCUGAAAAGGUUAUAGCACUUGAGAAUCUGCAAGUUUCAUGAGAGUAUAGUGAGGCCUUCUAUCCGUGACGAGACCAAGCUAGGUUCUCCCAAACACUUCAAUAAUAAUCAAACACAUAUCAUGGCUUCUUCGGAUUUGAUAAGGUCCGAGUGGGUGCUCAAUGCUCCUGAGCCUCCCUCUCUUUGGCGUCGCUUUUCUGAUUCCCUCACCAAAUCUGUUUCUCACUAUCGCCACAAACUUUCCUCUCUGAGAGACCAGCCUGGUCCCAAGCCUGUUCUUUCACUUUUGCAGGAAGUUUUCCCUAUUCUUCAUUGGGGCCGUCACUAUUCUCUCACUAAAUUCAGAAACGAUUUUCUUGCCGGUCUCACUAUUGCCAGUCUCUGCAUUCCUCAGAGCAUUGGGUAUGCGACUUUGGCACACCUGGAUCCUCAAUAUGGCCUCUACACAAGUGUUGUUCCUCCACUUAUAUAUGCUGUCAUGGGGAGUUCAAGAGACAUAGCAGUUGGACCAGUGGCUGUGGUUUCACUUCUUUUGUCUUCUAUGGUUCAGAAGUUAAUAGACCCUGCCUCUGAUCCCCUUGGUUAUACGAAGCUUGUUUUGACUACCACUCUUUUCGCUGGGAUCUUUCAGGCUGCCUUUGGCCUCUUCAGGUUGGGGUUCCUUGUGGAUUUUCUGUCCCAUGCUGUUAUCGUUGGAUUCAUGGCGGGAGCCGCCGUUGUUAUUGGUCUUCAACAGUUGAAGGGACUGUUUGGUAUCUCUCACUUUACCAACAAGACCGACAUUAUCUCUGUCCUCAAAGCUACCUGGAGAUCAUUCCAACAUCCUUGGAAUCCUCGUAAUUUCUUCCUGGGAUCCUCAUUCCUGAUCUUCAUUCUAUCAACUAGAUUUGUGGCUAAACGGAAGAAGAAACUGUUCUGGCUUGCUGCAAUCUCACCUCUCGUGUCAGUGAUAGUUUCAACUCUGAUUGUUUUUGCGACAAGAGCUGACAAAAAUGGCGUUAAUAUUGUGAAACACAUCAGAGGAGGAUUGAACCCAAGCUCCAUCAAUCAGCUAGACUUCAAAAGCCCCCAUAUUGCAGGAGUAGCCAAAAUCGGACUAGUUGUUGCUCUCGUUGCCCUCACUGAAUCUGUUGCCGUUGGCCGCUCUUUUGCAUCUUUGAAAGGUUACCGUAUCGACGGAAACAAGGAAAUGAUGUCUAUAGGCCUCACCAACAUCAUCGGAUCUUUCACCUCCUGCUAUGUUGCAACUGGUUCAUUCUCGCGGACGGCGGUGAAUUAUGCGGCGGGAUGUGAAACGUUAAUGUCGAAUGUUGUGAUGGGUAUUACAGUGAUGAUAUCACUGCAAUUCUUGACCAAGUUGCUGUAUUACACUCCUACUGCGAUUCUUGCUUCGGUCAUCCUCUCUGCUCUUCCAGGGCUCAUUGAUGUCUCCGAAGCUUACAAAAUCUGGAAGGUUGACAAGCUUGACUUUAUCGCCACCUCUUCUGCCUUCUUUGGUGUGCUUUUCUCUUCUGUUGAGAUUGCUCUCCUCUUAGCCGUGGCAAUAUCGUUUUUGAAAAUCAUACUGAUUUCAAUUAGGCCCGGAACAGAAACUCUGGGAAAGCUUCCAGGAAUUGACUUGUUCUGCGAUGUGAAUCAGUAUCCUAUGGCUGUGAAGCCUCCUGGCACUCUAAUCGUACGCGUUAAGUCUGCCUUGCUUUGCUUUGCAAAUGCCACUUUCGUUAGGGAAAGGAUCAUCAAAUGGGUGGCUCAGGAAGAAUCAGAGGACGACAAGGGAAAUACCACGAGUACCAUUCGGCUCGUGAUUCUCGACAUCUCCAAUUUGGUGAAUAUUGAUACGUCUGGAAUUGCUUGUCUGGAGGAACUCCGUCAAAGUUUGGAGUCACAGAGGAAGGAGUUAGCAAUUGCGAGCCCUACAUGGGAGGUGAUCCACAAGUUAAAGGCGGCCAACUUUGUGAGCAAAAUUGGUGGAAGGGUGUUCUUGACUGUUGGGGAAGCUAUUGGAUGCAAACAGAAUUGUACUGCUACAUUGGAUUAGGAUCCAUUUGUGGCUCUCCAACCACUUGUUUAAAAGUCUAGAACUAGUUCUUAUGUAUGCCUCAAUAAUGCUUGUUUGACUCACUGUGCUUUGUCUUUAUGUACUUGUGGUGUGACAUAAAUAUAUCCUAAUAAAAAGCUUGUUUAAUUUGGAUUAA